GGCGCAAGAGUUUGCGACAUGUGGGUGUAGGUGAGGAGGGUUGGUAGAGUGCAGAAGCUUUUGGCAGCUGGCACAAUUGAAUGAGGAUAACAUGAGUUGUAUUAAGGUGCUAGCGAGUGGCUAUACUUCGACCAAGCAGAGGCCGGUUUCUACUAUGCUUAAUCCCUUCGAAUCGCAGAUAUGGAUUUUGGGACCCUUGAGCCGCUGGAUUUCGAUACUUGGGCGCCUCUCCUGAACAACCCCAAUCGUGCAAUCGAUAUCAGCAACACUACACCCAACACAUCCUUUCACAUCUUUGACCUUUACUCACCUACUCAUAAAGGCCCACUCUGGCAAGAUCAGACAAUACCUACUUAUGAGGCGUGGCAAACGAUAAGUUCGGCACAAGAUUUGAGUGCUGUUCCACGGCAGAACGCGGCCUCCCUCACGGCCGGCACUGGAGUCCUCGAUGAUCCGCAAACGUCAAACCCGGAAACCAUAUUGCCGUCAUCCCCUCAAGCGCUAGAAAAAUGCUCUUGCCUCCACAAACUGCUCCUGAUCACCGAGCACUUGGACCACCAUUCGGCGACCGGCCCCUGCUUCAACACCCUAGCCGUUUUUCACCGAGUCGUCCAAAUCUGCGAACGAUACGUGCAAUGUAAAGAAUGCGACGAAUCUCUGGCCGAGAUACUUUGCGUUGCAGCUUUGCGCCGGGCAUCAGUGUGCAACAGACAAAUUGCUUCGGUGACGCAAGGUACCGCUUUCGCGGCCGCUGAGGAGAGGAAAUUCCGAUGCAAGAUCGGUCGCUUUGAGACGGAUAUUGUUCUCGACGUGUGGAUAUACAAAGCUGUGCUUUUGAGUGAGCUACAGCGGGCUUCAAGCAUUGCAACGGAGGUUGAAAUGAUUCUGGGCCCUGGCAGCGUGAAGAGGCGUCUGGCCGCAAUGAGUCCUGAGAGUGCACCUGAUCGGAGUACCCACCCAAUAACAUCCUUCACGUCAAAGUGUGAUAACGCAAAAAGGAGGAAGCUAUCGAUCAGAGCAGAAAUCAUUUGCGGCGCUGAAAUCUCUAAAUUGUGCAGCCCCAUGGCACUUCCAAUGCAGAGUCCAGCGCGCUUGCUGCCUCUUCCGGUUGAAUUGGUAUGCUCGUUGGCUGGUGCAGCUUCGCUCAGCUUCGCAAGGUCGUACCCGAUCAAUACGGAUGGUACCCAAAUGGUGACUGCCCAGCUUUCCCCGGUCAUCGAGAGGAGCAUCAUUCCACCAGGUAGCUGUUGA